UGUUGGUCGUUAAAUAGCCGACCUUUUCCCUCGUAGAAAAUGAGAUGAACCAGAUCUGCUCUAUAUCCAUCACACUGAUUGCCUUGUCGGUUUCAUAGACAAUAUCUUCGUCUCUUCCAUCUCUCUGCUGCGGCUAUGGCAGUCAACUACCGACAUGGUCUCUCCAUCCUGGAACUGAUCGUAUACGUUCCUACCCUGUUCAUAUCGUUGUGGAUGGGCUUUCGCCACGGCUUCAAGAGGAGCUCUGGCUGGGUUCUCCUGGUGAUCUUCUCCUUGGCCCGUAUCAUUGGCUCAUGCUGCUACUUGGCUACGAUCAGCCAUCCUGCCACGAUAGAUCUUUACAUCGCGUGGGGUGUCUGCACUUCCAUCGGACUGGCUCCUUUGAUAUCCACCUGCAUUGCACUCUUAUCCCGAGCUAACGACUCCAUCGAACGCAAAACCGGACGAGGCAUCCAUCCACUCAUCUUCAGGCUUCUCAGUCUCAUCACCCUUGCGGGCAUGGUCCUGUGUAUCGUUGGUUCAACCCAGAGCACCAACCUCACCGACAUCGUGAACAGCAGCGAGGCCAAAAUUGGCGACGUUCUGUACCUCGUUGCCUGGGUGGGUCUUUGUGCUAUGCUUCUCCUCAUUGGCAGCAAGUACCAGAGCAUCGAGGACGGGGAACACCGCUUGCUUUUGGCCGUUGGGAUCUCAGUUCCCCUGCUUCUCAUCCGCCUCAUCUACUCUCUCCUGUCGGUCUUCACGCAUAGAUCCACCUUCAGUAUGUUCACGGGAAAUGUCACUGUCAUGCUGGUUAUGACGGUUCUGGAAGAAAUUGUGAUCGUUGUUGUCUGCCUGGGAGUCGGUGUGACUUUGGCUCAACUUCAACGUCCGGCAGACUAUGAAGCCUGUGAUAUGCCGGCCCAGACGGGCUCUGCGCUUGAGUCUCAGCAGAGCCCUGAGCAAACAUAUGCCGCCAAAAGACAGACACCCCGGCGCAAGAGGAGACGAGGCGGUCCUGUUUCUCAGCUCGUCGGGCUGGCAGUUGAUAAAGUCAAUCAGAGGGAGUGAAGGGCUUCUUCUUUGUAUUGAGUUUGCAACUGCAGCUAUACAUAUCAAUGUCCAUGUUUAGAAUUGUAUG